CGGUUACUGUGCAUAAGCCAAAGCUUAUGCACCGUGCAUAAGCCCAAGAUAAUUGCUUAGCACACCCGUCCAUUGCUUCGUACACUCCCAACAGAUCCCUUCCCGUCCAUUACACAAAACAAAUCGCUCUGUCCUCCUUGACCCUAACUCCGGCGCACUCGCCGGACUCAAAAUCGGAGGAAUUCUCGUUGACAUGACCACAUCAGAUCCUUCACUCGCAGUCGAAAUUGCCGAUGUUGCAUCCUCCAAAAACUGCCACUCAAUUGACGACGACACAUCAAAGAAACCGAAGGUUGAUACAGACACUCACUCACUCACAUUGCUUUCACUUCUUCGCUCCCACUCACCUGGAAAUGAGUCGUCAUCCAGAAGUUCUGUGGGCGCAGCGUUCUGACAAGGUUUACCUGACUGUUUCUCUACCUGAUGCAAAGGAUGUUUCUGUGAAGUGUGAGCCUCAUGGUCUGUUUACUUUCUCUGCUUCUAAGAUUCAACAUGAAUCUUACAACUUUAGCUUGGAACUUUAUGGAUCAAUUGCACCUGAGGUGAGUGAUUGUAAUUACAACCGCAUUUGUCUACAUUUUUCGGCAAUAUCAAGGAUUGUAUAUCAAGUCUUUGAGUCUUUCACUUUACCAAUUGUGGUCCACAAUAUAAGGGUUUAAGAAGCCUCUGUAACUACAUUGUGCAUGCAAUUGUGGUCACAUUUUUCUGCAUUUUUCCACAAUAUCAAAGAUUGCAUAAUCGAGUCUUUCCUUCACUUGACUAGUUCUUGAGGCUUUGGUUUUUGAAAAUGAUACUUGAAACCAUUUCACUAGACUAAUGGUUUCAGUGUAAAACAUAUUGAAACCAUUGGUCUAGGUAAAUGGUUUCAAUUUGUAAUGAUGUAUUUAUAUCAUAUGGUGCUAGUGCUUCUUUUG